AGCAGGAAAUAGAAACUUUGGAGAAAUGGAAACUACAGGGGGAAGGGACAGCCCAGAUCACAGUAUAAUACCCGCAUCCGCACCACGGGGUUUCCGUGUCUCACCAUGAGCCACAACGCCCAGCCCUUCUUCCCUGGCUCCCACGCCGACGUCCCCCCGACCUACGAGAUGCUCAAGGAGGAGCACGAGGUGGCUGUGCUCGGGCCCCCCCAGAGCUCGGCUCCCGUGACCACCACCGUGAUCAACAUCCGUGGUGAGAUAGCCGUGCCCGACCACAUCGUCUGGUCCCUGUUCAACACCAUCUUCUUGAACUGGUGCUGCCUGGGCUUCGUGGCCUUUGCCUACUCUGUGAAGUCCAGGGACCGGAAGAUGGUGGGUGAUGUGAUUGGGGCCCAGACUUAUGCCUCCACCGCCAAGUGCCUGAACAUCUGUGCCCUGGUCCUAGGCCUCCUGCUGACCAUCGUGUUCAUCACCCUUUUUGUCACUGGAGCGCUGAUGAUUCCGCAGAUGGUCAGACAGCAUGGAGGCUACUAGGAGCUGCGCGUGGCCUGAGGCUCUCUCCUGGGCGGCAGCCUUUUCUGUCCGCGUCAGUCUACCGCUGCAGUCAAUAAAGCGCUUGUGUGUGGGGUGCCGUGUUUUCACAGAUUCCCCAUCCUGCCUCUGA